CCUGUCCCUCUCGGACAAAGCGUUUGCCGAAGUCAUGGCCAGCGGAUCUGGAGACAUGCCCGAACUCGCCAAGUGCCGCAACGUGUCGCUGUUGCUGGACGCACUGGAGCUGCGCGGCGACGACGAGGAGGUCAGGCGCGUCUUCCUCCAGCCGAGCCGUGAGCGCAUGGAGAUGCUGCGCUGGGUCCUCGUCAGCACUGAUCCGUAUUGGCGCCCCAUCUGCCAAGUCGCGUGGGUCGCCCUGUCCCUCUCGGACAAAGCGUUUGCCGAAGUCAUGGCCAGCGGAUCUGGAGACAUGCCCGAACUCGCCAAGUGCCGCAACGUGUCGCUGUUGCUGGACGCACUGGAGCUGCGCGGCGACGACGAGGAGGUCAGGCGCGUCUUCCUCCAGCCGAGCCGUGAGCGCAUGGAGAUGCUGCGCUGGGUCCUCAUCAGCACUGAUCCGUAUUGGCGCCCCAUCUGCCAAGUCGCGUGGGUCGCCCUGUCCCUCUCGGACAAAGCGUUUGCCGAAGUCAUGGCCAGCGGAUCUGGAGACAUGCCCGAACUCGCCAAGUGCCGCAACGUGUCGCUGUUGCUGGACGCACUGGAGCUGCGCGGCGACGACGAGGAGGUCAGGCGCGUCUUCCUCCAGCCGAGCCGUGAGCGCAUGGAGAUGCUGCGCUGGGUCCUCAUCAGCACUGAUCCGUCCGGGGCGAGCAAGGGCUACCUCAACCUUCCCACAGAGGAAGACGAGCUGUGCCAGUGCCUCGUGAAUGUGCUAAUGCAGCUCAACAUCCUGCCAGAGGAUAAGUAUGAGGAGUUUGUUCGUGGAACCUACGACAGCCAGGAGCAUGCAGCUACAAUUGUGGAUACUCCUUGUGAAGACAGCAGCAUGGGCACAAGUAAGGCCGAGGACCACAAGGGACGACUCACUACUGAAAUGGGCAGCGCUUGUAUAUUUUAAGGCUAAUUCAGCGGCGACACUGCAGGAUAUGCGCACAAAGUGCCAAGUCGGGAGGAAGUGGGCAACCCUGCGGAGCGAUUGAAGAUAUCUGUGUGUUCCAGCUCGUCUGUGUCGAUACACUGAACGCCGUGUCAGAAG